AUGGCCACUCAAAUCGGCCAAUUCUAUAUCAUCGAGGAGGAGGAAAACUUGAAUAAGUCUAUUCUUAUCGCCCAAGACCUACCAAAGCAUUACUAUAAACACCCGGUAGUGAUAGUAGGGUCUCAUCCUGGUACUGGCAACCCGAUGGUCUAUCCCACCCUACGCGAGCAAGAUGGACUACAAGACAUUCAGAAUAAACCAAAUGACCGUCGCUGGUAUUUUCCUCUUCGGAGCCUCCAGGCCCACCAUGAUGGCACUGAAACUGCCACCAUGGAGAUGACAUUCGCCUUUUCGUCGAGGAUACUUUGGACUCCGCGAUGGAUAGACGUCCGAAAACGAUAUGAAGUCGAAGAAAAGUUCCUACACCAAUAUAUUGAAUCUGACGGUCCCUUUUCCACUCCACCUACGAUCUUGUCUAGCUACUUCCUAGAGCUACUAAAGGCGUACGCAGCGUUUAUACCCGGGGUAAUAGUCUGGCUUCCCCAGCCAGAGCUUAUUCAUCCCAGCUCCAUCAUCUUCCAACAAGUCACCUCCUCGAAAAUCUUUGGUCGACCUGUGGUAGUGACUGAAUUCGAUCGAUCAAAUGGUAUUAUUACAUUCCACCUGUCCACGACGAUGGGCAACAAGACAUUCAGGCAGAUAAACGCGGAAAGGGCAUCCGACAAGUUCUUCAACCGCGCUUUACGGCACGACUAUCUUGUUCUGGUGGACAAAAAGGAUGACAGCGUAGAUUACGGCUUCAAAGUCGCCACGCUGAGAGAGGAUUCCGCUCCGUUGAUCAAACAAAGCUUCAUGAAUGUAAAGGAGAAGUUUCAGAUUGAAUACGUUUACCUCAACUGCAGUCUGUCUAAGAAGAACAAGUACCGUGUCAUGCUCGACGAUGCGUCCCUGGAUCUGGUCAGGACAGAAGUUGCCGCUGCCCAAGCACAUCCCUUGAUGUGGCCACUUAAGGACGUACCGUACGUGCCACCGAAAUGGGAAGAAAUCGAAGACGGCAAGGUCUAUCUUCUACCCGAACAACUCCCUAAUCCGACCGUUCUGCAUGAACAAACUGCGCAAGAUAAGAUCAACAUAUACGGACGCGCAUGCCUCGUCACUGGAAAAAAGAACGGAAUGGUUCGAGUGCUUCCGAUGCGGGAGUUCGGUGAAGUGCCAAUUGCAUCGGUGUUCUCUGGAGACAAAGUGACAGAGCGGCGAGAACGUAGCUUGCACCUUGCUGUUGAAGGUUAUGGUGCUAAAUCUCACGAUAAUACCCCACUCUUGAACCUGAGACACGGAUCGCCUCAGUUUUUGAAGCCGACCUUCGUUACAGUCGAGAAAGACUACUACGUCGAGUACACAAAUCUACGAGCGUGGAGUCCGAUUCCAAUCUUUUUGGACGCCUCUGCGUUGGAAACUAUUUUGGAAUAUCGACGAAGAAAUCAUCUCGACAAAACGAACAUACCCAAGUCAACGGAGGAGGCUCUGGCCGGUAACCAUCCAUUCUGCCACGGACUGGCAGUCUCAAUGCCAUACGGGCAAGAAAAUGAGCAGCACCAUGUCUCUACUAGAGUGGAGCAAACCCCGCCUAACUUUCGGGGCGCACUUCCUCCCCACAACAUUCACUACAAUCAGCACUUUCACCAUGCCUACAUGGGGCCGCCGCAGCCGCCCGUCAGCAUCCACCACCAGUGGCCUCAACAGCACACAGGGCAAGCGACAUUUGGUCCGGGAUCUAUAGCUCCAAGGCCCACACACUUUCAUCACCCAUAUACGCAUACGCCUACGGCCCAUCCUUAUGCCACACACGGGGCCCCUUACAGGCCAGUCGGGAUGCCAGUGUUCAACCAAGGCGGUCAACCUCCUCCGUAUCCGACUGUUUUACCUCCACAUAACACGCUCGCAACGAAUCCUGGCGCUAGGAUGCCAUUCUCGGGCAAUCAGCCAAGCCAAGCAGGCGCGCAUUCUGGGCAUCCAUUUUUCCAAGAGAGGUCUCGAAAUUUCUUCCAAAAGCGAUAACCAGGCACGGCGUGGGGUAAGGACCGCUCGUUGUAGAGCCCGAUUUCUAGAGUAAAUCUGCAACUGCUACUACUAUUAGUGCUGCAGCUGAUCAAAGGACUAUUUUGUUCUUUCUUUCUCCGACGAGGUAGAUUAGGCACUGAGUUGAGCAAGGUUUGAUACACUAAUAUCUUUUCUAUGGUUUCCUUCAGCCUCUAGCGUAGUAUUCAGGUAACGUAGGAUGUAAAUAGAGUUUAUACUCGUGUAAUGUGUCGGUCUCACACAAGAACUUUUGUAUCUCGG